ACCAAACAGACACAGCAAACGGGAGAUCUCAGUCCACAGACCAGACAACCAGAGAGAGAAAGCAGACCAUCUCAACAGUAGAAACACUUUCAGUCAGACGAUGGGGUGGAGAACCAUUCUCUUACUAACAGGGCUGUUUUUACCCUCUCCAUGUCUCCCUCAUCAGUACCACUUUGUGAACAUGGGCAAGAACUGGACUGAAGCACAAGCCUACUGCAGAGAUAAGUACACUGACCUGGCCACCAUAGACAACAUGGAGGAUAUGAACAGAUUGCUGAACUUAGAACAUUUUGGUGAUUACAAUGAUAUUGUCUGGAUAGGGAUGUAUGAUGAUGUUAACAGCUGGAGGUGGUCUCUGGAAGACAGUGCCUACUACAGUGAGGGAGGGGCUGAGUUCAGAAACUGGCAGAUUGGACAACCUGAUAAUGUGAACAGUAAUGAACACUGCGUGGUCAUGACAGAGGGUGGGGAGUACCAGGAUGAGGAUUGCAACGAGAAACCUCCCUUCAUCUGCUACACCUCCAUCGGUGAGACAACAAACAGGUCAACAUUUAUUUUCAUUGAUGAACCAAUAAAAGCCUUCAGUGAAGCUCAGAGUUACUGCAGAGAGUACCACACAGACCUGGCCAGUGUGAGGAACCAGACUGAGAACCAGGAGAUACAGAAGAUGGUGUCUAAGGGUGGUAAAGUGUGGAUCGGCCUGUUCAGAGACUCCUGGAAGUGGUCGGAUGGGAGUGACUCCUCCUUCAGGUACUGGAAUCAUGCACAACCCAAUAACAAUGGAGGGGUUCAGUCCUGUGGCGCUGCAGUGUGGAAAGGAGAACAAUCAUGGACGGAGAGAUGGUUCGAUUGGAACUGUAAAGACAGACAUCCCUUUGUUUGCUACAGUGUAAAGAAGACACAGCAGGUUGUGAGAGUGAAGCUGACCACAAAGGACCAGAACAUUGGCCUGAACGAUAUUGUCGUGCAGAAGGCCAUUUUGCAGCAGAUAAAGAAGGAGCUGAUAGAUAAGGGGAUGCCUGAUGGCAUCAAACUAAGAUGGAAGGAGCAGCCCAAUGAAAAGAUAUUCCACAAGGAAGAAAAUAAGGAUUACCAGAAGAAGAAGGAGAUGAAAGACAUCAUGACAAAGAGAGAAUUCUAAAUUCAGAAGUUUACAUACACUUUGGUUGGAGUCAUUAAAACUUGUUUUUCAACCACUCCACAAAUUUCUUGUUAACAAACUAUGGUUUUGGCAAGUCGGUUAGGACAUCUACUUUGUGCAUGACACAAGUACUUUUUUCAACAAUUGUUUACAGACAGAUUAUUUCAAUUAUAAUUCACUGUAUCACAAUUCCAGUGGGUCAGAAGUUUACAUACACUAAGUUGACUGUGCCUUUAAAAGCUUGGAAAAUUCCAUUAAAUUAUGUUAUGCCUUUAGAAGCUUCUGAUAGGCUAAUUUACAUAGUUUUAGUCAAUUGAAGGUGUACCUGUGGAUGUAUUUCAAGGCCUAUAUUCAAACUCAGUACCUCUUUGCUUGACAUCAUGGGGAAAUUAAAAGAAAUCAGCCAAGACCUCAGAAAACAAUUGUAGACCUCCACAAGUCUGGUUCAUCCCUGGCAGCAAUUUCCAAAUGCCUGAAGGUACCACGUUAAUCUGUACAAACAAUAGUACGCAAGUAUAAACACCACGGGACCAUAGCCGACAGAAAGGAGACGCGUUCUGUCUCCUAGAGAUGAACAUACUCUGGUGCAAAAAGUGCAAAGGACCUUGUGAAGAUGCUGGAGGAAACAGGUACAAAAGUAUCUAUAUUCAAAGUAAAAACAAGUCGUAUAUCAACAUAACCUGAAAGGCCGCUCAGCAUGGAAGAAGCCACUGCUCCAAAACCGCCAUAAAAAAGCCAGAUUACGGUUUACAUCUGAACAUGGGAACAAAGAUCUUAGUUUUGGAGAAAUAUCCUCUGGUCUGAUGAAACGAAAAAAUAACUGUUUGGCCAUAAUGACCAUUGUUAUGUUUGGAGGAUAAAGGGGAAGGUUUGCAAGCCAAAGAACACCAUCCCAACUGUGAAGCAUGGGGGUGGCAGCUUCAUGUUGUGGGGAUGCUUUGCUGCAGGAGGGACUGGUGCACUUCACAAAAUAGAUGGCAUCAUGAGUUAGGAAAAUUAUGUGGAUAUAUUGAAGCAAUCUCAAGACAUUAGUCAGGAAGUUAAAGAUUGGUCGCAAAUGGGUCUUCCAAAUGGACUAUGACCCCAAGCAUACUACCAACGUUGUGGCAAAAUAGCUUAAGGACAACAAAGUCAAGGUAUUGGAGUGGCCAUCACAAAGCCCUGACCUUGAUCCCAUAGAAAAUGUGUGGGCAGAACUGAAAAAGUGUGUGUGAGCAAGUAGGCCUUAAAACCUGACUCAGUUACACCAGCUCUGUCCAGAGGAAAGGGCCAAAAUUCACCCAACUUAUUGUGGGAAGCUUGUGGAAGGCUACUCAAAACGUUUUACCCAAGUUAAACAAUUGAAUAGCAAUGCUACCAAAUACUAAUUGAGUGUAUGUAAACUUCUGGGAAUGUGAUGAAUGAAAUAAAAGCUGAAAUAAAUAAUUAUCUCUACUAUUAUUCGGAUAUUUCAAAAAUUUAAAAUAAAGUGGUGAUCCUAGCUGACCUAAGACAGGGAAUUUUUACUAGGAUUAAAUUGUGAAUUGUGAAAACUGAGUUUAAAUGUAUUUGGCUGAGGUGUACGUAAACUUCCGACUUCAACUGUACGUGUGCAACUGUAUGGAAUUACAAUUAUUGGUUGGUACACCAAUGAAUGAUAUAUAGCCAUUGAUUAUUGAAGAAUAUACAUGUAUAUGCCUCAAGAGCUAAAUUCAACUAAUUUACCCCCUCAGAAGCCAAAACAAAUCUUAUUUUAACUAUUGUUUUUCUACAAUGUAAUUGUGAACAGCACAUUAUAGAUUUAAUUUCGAUCACAUGGAUAGUCAAUGCUCUAUGAAUUUGAGAGUGGUUUCCCAGCCUCAGCUGUUUACCAAAAAGGGUGCCGCUUUGUUGUUUUUUGAAUCCCAGAUUGCUCUUUAGAAGAUUCAAGUUUUGUUCUUCAGAAGAAAGUAUCCAAAUAUAUAAUGUAAUGGUCACUUUUCCAGUAGAAUACUGUUAUGCCUCUUUUGAGAGCCUUUAUAUUGCUCCAGUCAGCUCGUGAUAUGCAAAGCUUUGGGACUGUCGCUUACAGUGUGCAAAACCAUGCAGUUUUCAAGAGCAAUUCAAAAUAUUGUAACUUGUAAUAAUGUAACUUUUUUGUACACUUAAACAGAGCUGGCACUUGUCAAAUAGAUGUCAGGAGUUGUCUGUAUGUAAGGGAUAAUCAACAAGGGGCUAUGCAUUCUAUCAAAAAUAAUGCACAACGUGGAAGGUGUGUGCCACGAUGUGCAGCGAUGUGGCACUAACCUUCCAAGCCCAAAGUUUAUUAUACUACUUAUACCACGGCUAUAAUUUAACACACUAAACAUUUGUUGCUGGAAAAUGAUUUCAUUUUCUGGUAGAAAUGUCUUCAACAUCCACUGAAGUUUAGGUAGUAGCUAGAAGUGUUAAUAGCUAGCAAGUUUAGAUAGGUGCUACAGUAGUUUGCUUUGGUAACAAAACGACUUGUUAGCUAACCAAACCUUAGCCAUGGUAUAUUGGCCAUAUACCACAACCCCCUGAAGUGCCUAAUUUCUAUUAUAAAUUGUUUACCCAUGUAAUUAGAAGAGUAUAAAUAAAUGUUUUGUCAUAACCGUGGUAUACGGUCUGAUAUACCACAGCUUUCAUCCAAUCAGCAUUUAGGACUAGAACCACUCGAAUUAUACAAGCUCAUUGUUGAAUACUUGUUGCUGAUUGGCUUAAAGUGCAUUCUAGAGCAUGCAUUAUUUGCCUAUAACGCAUGGUAUAUUCGCACGGUAGAAUUCAAUGGCUAUAGUUCAUUCUUACAUGUUCUAUGUUUGUGCUGCUUUUGAAAGCAAAAGUGUAAUUGAAAACAUUUUCAUAAUAGCAAGCUAGGACUGAUGGUUUGGUUAGCUAAGUCUGUUUUUUUGGUUACCAUGGCAACUACCAUAGCUAUCUAGUAAACUCACUCGCUACUUCAGUGGAUGUUGAACACAUUUCUACCAGCAAAUGAACACAUUUCUAGCGGAAAAUGUGCUAAAUUAUAACCAUGCUAAAAAAGGGAUAAUCAACUCAGGGCUCUAUGUGUUCUCUGGAAAAUGUCAGUUCCACUCUGCUAGUGUGUCGUGGAACACACUUUCCAGGUAGUUCAUUAUUUUCCAUAGAACGCAUAGCCCUGUUGAUUAUCCCUUUCAUAAUACACACUGCAGAAUGCCUUUCAAGCCAUUCAAAAAUGUGUUUUCAGCAAUGCUGUGGUAUAUACGUAUACAUAACGUGUGUAUACAUCUAUGUACAUGUAAAAGUAAUAUGUGUGACCAUUUUAAUUAUAUACUAGUUUGCAGUGAUUAGAUUUUGAAGUUGCGUGUGUGACCAUUUUAUAUAUUCCCCCCCAAAAUAAACACAUUUUUAGCAUUUAUUAGUAGGGGGUGCUAGCUACAUUACAGUGUAAUCUGUCAUACUCAUUAAAAACGUUUUUGUUUCAGUUGAUGAUGGAUCAGAACCUAAUUUGAGAUACUGGUAUGAUAAAUGUUCAUAUACUAUAUUGUAGCAACCUUAAACAAUACCUAGAGACCUCGUCAAGACGUUCGGACUUCUGGGCAUAACGGCUAAGGUGUUGGAUUGACAUUUGCUCGACCCAGAUUUGAGUCCUAGUCUGGGGUACCCCCCUCAGUAUGUUAAUUAUGUAGGUUUAAUAGGUAUCAACUAUAUAAAUCCUGUUUGAAAUGUUUUAUAAACAUGUAGUAAUGUAGUAAUUGAAUAAACUUCCUGCCAGGUCUGAGGCACCAUCUUCACUCUGCCCACGUGAGCCAGACAUGGGCAAAUUGAGCCUCAUCAACACAUCAGUUACCACCUUCGCAAUGCCUUCGCUUGUUGUCUCCGACACCCUGUAUAGCCCAAUAAACUCCUCGUGAGGGACAAGGUCAUGGUCAACAUAAUGCAGGCAGACACUCUUCUGUUCAGCACCAGAGACAUCUUGAGUACCAUCAACAAUUACUGAAGAUUGUACAAUCGGAAGAUACCUAAUCUCAUCUGCAAGGCCUCGAAUGACUGUACUUGCCAUGAUGUUCAGAAUUUCAUUCUGUGCUUUGGGGCCUGUGUACAUCUGUUAACCACUUCAGUUAAAUGGCAUCAUACUCUUCUGCCCUAAGUUUCAAAAGCUGGUAUAAAUUCCCACUUUCAUCCAUGUGGCAUCUAAAGGCUAGUUCCUGCCUUACUACAUGCCGCGCCGAACUAACAAUUUUCAUCAAG